UUGAUGAUCAUAUAAACUUUAUUACUCGUGCAGCUGUGCACUGCAUUCGCCAGUUUGCAUGUCACAUCAACUGUCAUUAAACCAGACAUCGACUGCCAAUUGUCCGACGGACAGUUUCAGUUAUAAACGGUUCUGAACGACAGAGCACCUACUCGCCGUGUAACUGAUCAGCCCGCCGCUUAUGCCGGUGUGCCUCGGGUGAGCCUAAUGAGGCCGAUAGUGGGUGGCCGCGGCUGGAAUUGCCGCCGGCACGGGGCCGUCGGUGACGGCGGGGGCGACGCUGCGCGCGCAGCGGGCCGCGCUGCGUCGCUCUCCCCCGGAUCGAUGGGCGCCCGUGACGCCGAGCCGAGCGGGCCGCUGCCGAGACCGACCGCCCUGAGAGGGACAACAGAACACCAUGGAGCAGGGGUUCUCGUUCCACGGCGAGGGUUCUGUCGGAGGAGGCCUGCGCGGCCUUCUGGGCCAGGUGGGCGACCUGUUCAGCCACUUCAGCCGUCACCUGGCGCCCGCCUACCACCACGACCGCUGUGAGAGAUCGCUACAGAUGCGCCUGUAUACCAUGCACAAAAGGGAGUUUGUGCUGCUGUUCGCGGGCUUCUUCCUGUCGUUCUUCGUCAUCAUACUCAUCGGGCUGGCAGGACCUGCCGGUCUGGUCACCACCACGGUGAAGGCCUCGGAGCUGAAGACGCGCGGCCCCGGCUUCUCCAUGGCUAGUGGACCGUUCGUCAUCAAGUCGCCGGGCGUCACCUCCUACGCCCAGCAGCUCUGGCUGAGUGCCACAGUCGUGGUCGGCGACGGCACAGCUGAUGAAACGUUCGAUAAGCGGUUUACGAUUGCCGUGGACGUCGAAGGUCUUUCGGAGGGCCGCGAAAAGCUCCAAGUCUUCAAGGAGGACCAACUUUUCAACAGGAGCCGGCACCUGCACUGCCAGGAGUCGAGCUGCGCGCCCGUGACGCUGCUGCACCUGGCCUACCUGAGCUUCACCAACUACCUGCUGGUGCUGCGCUUCCACGGCCUGGAGGACAUCGACCGCCGAUACACCGUCAGCGACGUCCUCUUCGCGUUUGAACGUUUUGAGGCAAACUUCACGCAGCUACAGCUCUGGUUCCGGUUCAUAUUCCUGAUCGUCUCCUUUUCCGCCACGUGCUGGUUCGGGUUCUCGCUGCGCCGCUCUCCUUCCCAAGACUGGUCUCUGGAGCAACGCUGGACGGCCGCCCUACUGCCGCUUCUGGUGGCCCACAAUAACCCGUUUUUCCCGCUGAUGUUCCUGUGCAGCUCGAUCGUGCCUCGCGUGCUCGACUCGCUGCUACAGGUGACCAUGUUCUGCGCUCUGCUGCUCUGCUGGAUCUGCGUCCUGCACGGGCUCAGACAGACGAGUCGCACCUGGCUGACGUUCUACGUGCCUAAGCUGGUGCUGGUCGGUCUGAUGUGGUUGCUGUGCACAGUGCUGAUCGCCUGGCGCGGCUACCACAGCCUGCGGGACCCGACGUUCACGGGCACUCAGCUGGGACCGCUACAGGGCGUGGACACCUUUUUCUACGUGCUGGGAGGCGUGUACCUGCUCUACGUGCUGAUAUUGAUUCUGCGCGCCUACAGCGACCUCAGGGCGAUGCCUUACCUCGGAGUGCGUCUGAAGCUGGCCACCCUGUCGAUGAUUGUACUCGCCGUCGCCAGUCUGAGUCUGAUGUCUCACCGUCUGCGCCAGUCCGGCCUCGGACUGAGCUUCUCGGCCGUGCUCAGCACGCCCUACACCACGUCCACCCAGUUCCUGGCCAUGUACGGCCUGGUCAACAGCUUCGUGCUGUGCAUGGCCUGGGUGUUCUCACCGCCGACCUCGGACCGACCCGGAGGCGACUCACGUGUGGUGAAGGAUAACCCGGCGUUCUCGAUGAUCAACGACUCUGACGAGGACGUCAUUUACGGCGAGGAGGAGGAGAGCCGACGGCCGCUGCACCGCAACAAGCCAGACGACGACGACAGCGACUGAGCGGCGUCCUUUGGGUAGAGGAUAGCGACUACUAAGGGGCGGGGAGUGUCAUCAAUGACGACAGCGAAUGAUAGGAGAAGAGCGUCCGUCGGGCAAAGGGCGGCAACUGAUGAGCGUUCCUUUGGCAGAGAACAGUGUUUGAGGAGAGAUAGCUGAUACGGCUACCAUGGUCUCACGUGCAUAACUCGCACAACGGGUAACCUGCAGGUCAUGUCAUGAUAGACAAGAUUCCAGACGGAAUAUACCGAAAUUGUCAUACAUGACAGGGUCCGGGGUGAUUCUCAUUGAUUUUGUUAAUUUGAAAAACUUACGUCUAUCGGGCCAGCCUAAUCCUUUAUUGACUUCCCCUAGCAAGUGAAUGUGAAGCGCUGGCAAAAGUACGGUCUGGGCCGUCAACAAAGGGUUUGGUGAAUGUAAUAGGGAUGGCCAAGUGCCAGCGGCGCUCGCCUCCUCCCCCAGUCUCCAUCGAUGCAGGGGAGUACCGGCUGACCGUCGGGCCCACUUCCUCUCACCACCCAGAGAAGGUCGGAUCGACUCUCCGACCGAGCACGGCUUUAUGAAUGAAAGCCGUGCUCUGUGCAACCGAACCGGAAGGUCUCGCAGCUGAUCUCGAUCUAACUAUCUUCGUAUAUGUAUGAGUGCGUCGCGGAGCGGAGGUUCGGUGUUACGUUACAAAUCCAUCUCGUGCUGAACGCUUACCGCUUCUCCGCUCAAAGAGAGCAUUUAUUUUCCUACGGAGCGUCGCUGGUGUACCGAGCUACUUGUCUGUUGUCCAUUGUAUGCGUUUGUGGUCGAUGUAUGCCACGCGGGCGCUGUAAAUAACCUGUGUUGGUGUGCUUUGUCAGUAUAUCCGAUGAAUCUUAUGCCAUGAUCUCAUUCAGUAUAUAUCCGUACAUGUAACUUGUCAAUUUAUCGAGCUUGUUAUGUAUCGAAUGUAUGACAGUCUUGUGAACUGUAGGUACUUUUAUUCCUCACCUAUGCCUCAUGCGCCAUGAAUUUUGCUCUCAUCCUGUCUUCCUCGCAUGUCUCCUGGCAGCAGAGCGAUUUGAUUAUGAUCAUCUCCCACCACAUUGCCUUCUCACAGCGCGCCUGUCUGAAAGGCAGACUCGCUCUCCACCUGUUGUGAUUGUGUCUGAGCUCGCCCCUGCUCAGUCCCUCCCUCGGGCGACCCGCCGACGGAGCUCAGCCCGCCGCACAUUCCAUGCAUGAGUCACUAAGCACUAGAGACGUGCCCCGCCCGCCGUCUGCCUCCCAUUCCUCUGCGUAACACCACCUGUCCGGACAGGGGCGUUUCCCUGCCCUAUUCUGUCCAAAUGGCCAUCUGUCUGCCCCGGCCCGACCGCCGCAGCCACGUACGCAGCCCGUUCUGGGUCAGCAGGGAGUAAAAACUGUGAAUAAAAACAGAUCAGCUUGACUAUUGAUCUAUGCAUUCGUGGGAUGCAGAGCAACGGGGUCGAUUUCGGCAAGGCAUCUACAAUGAACCAAAAAUCGAACUACAAGUAUGUUUCAUGGGCCUGUGCGGCGCAGCAUUUGCUCUUAUCUGCCAGUUCAGCAUGUGGGAUAAAUCGGCUAACAGGAGCGUUCUACCCGAGCGGCGAAGUAGUGAAGGUGCCCGACUUCUGACAAUAUGACUGGGGGUUCGAGACCGAGAGCCGACGAAGAAGGUAUGUUGACUCACUGUAGGGUGAAAAAAACUAGGAAAAUGGCGCAUCAAAAUACGAUUCUUACAAACUAAUGUCUAUUACAUUCUAAGCGCGUUGACAAGUUUCAGAACAUGCUCGCUCAGCAAACAGCUGAUCGAGAAAAUAAAUACCGAACUUCAAUUCAAUCUAUUGAACAUUGCAGGUGAAGCGUGACUUGUGCGAUUAGGCAUGCAUGAUCCGUAUGAAAAUGACGCUCUCUAUAACUACCAUCCUACAAGCAUACAAACACUAACGUACAAAAUACCUACUACAUUCGUUCGUCCACUCGAACACUUUUAUACAAAAUACCACCGUUAUUAGUGGAGAGCGGAAUUGCGUUUUCAAAAACACUAGCAGCAGCAAAAGGCUGUCACAAACUAUAGCGGAAAGCAAGCUGCAACUCUGCGCGACUCCCCUCUCAC